CGGUGUCCCCUCAGUGUCCCCCAGUGCCCUUUUGUGUCCCCUGUGUGCCUCAGUGUCCCCACACUGCGGACACCCCAUGGCCUCCCCCACCAUGGCCCCGCUGAUCCUGACCCUCCUGGCGAUGGCCGCGGCCGCCACCGUCCCCCCCGGUGACGCUGCCACCCCCGUGGUGGCGGUGGCCCUGGACAUGGCCCGGCACUCCUUCGAUGACCAGUACCGGGGCUGCGGCCGCGCCAUGGCCGCGGAGCUGCCGGCCCUCAACCGCUCCGAGCUCCGGCGCGGCGGUCGCUUCGCCGAGGCCUGGGCUCUGGCCGCGGCCGAGUGGCGCGUCCGGCUGUCCCCUGCGUCCCCUGCGUCCCCUCUGUCCCCACCCCAGGCCGUGGCCCUGCUGGCCUACACGGCGCCGGUGCCGUUGCACCGCGAGUUCAACGAGGCCGUGCGCGCGGCCGGGCGCUCCCGCCGGGAAUACCGGGACAACUUCCACUUCAAGACGCUGCACUUCCUGCUGACCCAGGCCCUGGGGACGCUCAGGGACGCUCAGGGGCCGCGGUGCCGCCGCGUGUUCCGGGGCGUGCGCGGGGUGCGGUUCGCGGCGCGGCGCGGCGACGCCGUGCGCUUCGGUCACUUCGCGUCGGCGUCGCUGCGCAACGAGAGCUCCUGGGGCUUCGGCACGGACGCGGCCUUCCAGGUGCUCACCUGCCAGGGCGUGGCCAUCCGGGAAUUCUCCUUCUUCCCGCACGAGGAGGAGGUGCUGAUCCCGCCCUUCGAGACCUUCGAGGUCACCGAUGUCACCAACGUCACCAAGAGCGGGGACAAGGCGCGGAUCCAGCUCCGCUCCACCGGGACCUUCAGCAACUACAACUGCGAGUGGCUGCGAGGCAGGAACAUCCCUGGGGACCUCCCCCACCUCGGAGGGCUCCUCCUGGCCACUGCAGCCCUGGCGGUGGCCACCGGGGUCUUCUAAGCCACUAGGGCUGCCAAGACCACCGUGGUCAUUGCGGUCACCGCGGUCACCAAAGCCACUUGCACCCCCAUGAGGCCACCAAGGUCACUGAGGUCUCCAAAGUCACCGUGGCCUCUGUGGCCACCAAGACAAGACAAGGGAGGGGACAACAGCGGAGCCAUGGGUGCCACCAGGAUGUUGGGACAGGGGGACCCUGAAUGUGCCAUGGCUGUGGUUCCUCACUUUUUGGUCUUUUUUUUGCCUCCCUUUCCAAAAAUUUUAAUUUUUCUUCCCAAUUAUUAAACUGGAUUUACCUCAA